GCGCCGUCCCGCCCCCGCCGCCGCCGCCGCCGCGGCCGUCGCCACACCGGCCGCCCCCGGAGCGUCUCUGAGGAGGCGCGGGCCGCUGCAGGCUCCGGCGCCGCACCGCGCCAGCCCGAGCCGCGGGACGAGGCCCAGGGAGCCGCUCAGCCCCGACCUCCCGCCGCCCCAUGUCCUCAAGAUGGAGGCGGCGUGAGGAAGGCGGCGGCGCUGCGGGAGCGGGGGCCCCGGCGGCCCGGGCGGAGGCGGCGGCGGCGGCGGCGGCGGGAUGGGGCUGCUGCUCAUGAUCCUGGUGUCGGCCGUGCUGGGCUCCUUCCUCACGCUGCUCACCCAGUUCCUGCUGCUGUACCGCCGACAGCCCGAGCCGCCUCCGGACGAGGCCGCCCGCGCGGGCGACGGCUUUCGCUACCUCAAGCCGGUGCCGGGCCUGCCCCUGAGGGAGUACCUCUAUGGCGGCGGCGGCGGCGGGGCUGAGGAGCCGGCCGGAGGGGCCCCCGAGGGCGGCGCGACCCCGGCCCCGGAGACCCCCGGGCCGCCGACGCGGGAGACGUGCUAUUUCCUCAAUGCCACCAUCCUGUUCCUGUUCCGCGAGCUGCGGGACACCGCGCUGACCCGCCGCUGGGUCACCAAGAAGAUCAAGGUGGAGUUCGAGGAGCUGCUGCAGACCAAGACGGCGGGGCGCCUGCUGGAGGGGCUGAGCCUGCGGGACGUGUUCCUGGGCGACACGGUGCCCUUCAUCAAGACCAUCCGGCUGGUCCGGCCCGUGGUGGCCUCGGCCACGGGCGAGCCCGACGGCGCCGAGCCCGACGCGCCGCCCGCCAGCUGCCCCGAGGAGCUGGCCUUCGAGGCCGAGGUGGAGUACAACGGGGGCUUCCACCUGGCCAUCGACGUGGACCUGGUCUUCGGCAAGUCCGCCUACCUCUUCGUCAAGCUGUCCCGCGUGGUGGGGCGCUUGCGCUUCGUGCUCACCCGCGUGCCCUUCACCCACUGGUUCUUCUCCUUCGUGGAAGACCCGCUCAUCGACUUCGAGGUGCGCUCCCAGUUCGAAGGGCGGCCCAUGCCCCAGCUCACCUCCAUCAUCGUCAACCAGCUCAAGAAGGUCAUCAAGCGCAAGCACACGCUCCCCAACUACAAGAUCAGGUUUAAGCCGUUUUUCCCAUACCAAACCUUGCAAGGAUUUGAAAAAGAUGAAGAGCAUAUUCAUGUACAACAGUGGGCACUUACUGAAGGCCGUCUCAAAGUCACACUGUUAGAAUGUAGCAGGUUAUUCAUUUUUGGAUCCUAUGACAGAGAGGCAAAUAUUCAUUGCACACUUGAGUUGAGCAGUAGUGUUUGGGAAGAAAAACAGAGGAGUUCUAUUAAGACGGUUGAGUUAAUAAAAGGAAAUUUACAAAGUGUUGGACUUACACUUCGUUUAGUCCAGUCAACUGAUGGAUAUGCUGGACACGUCAUAAUUGAAACAGUGGCCCCAAACUCGCCUGCUGCAAUUGCAGAUCUUCAGCGAGGAGAUCGACUUAUUGCUAUUGGAGGUGUGAAAAUAACAUCGACAUUGCAAGUAUUGAAGCUUAUUAAGCAGGCUGGUGACCGAGUCCUGGUGUACUAUGAAAGGCCUGUUGGUCAGAGUAACCCAGGGGCAGUGCUGCAAGAUAGUUUCGGCCAACUAGAAGAAAACUUCUUGUCAGGCACAUGCCAACCGAGUUAUGAAGACGAGGCCACAGGGUUGGCAGUAGAUGCUGAAAACAGAGACCUGGAAUCUGAAUUUGAAGAUUUGGCGAGUGAUGUCAGGACACAAAAUGAGUCUAAAGAUGAGGCACAAGCAUUAAGUCAUAGUCCCAAACGUACACCAACAACACUUUCUAUAAAACCCCUGGGAGCUAUAUCACCAGUUUUAAACCGCAAAUUAGUUACAGGAAGUCACCCAGUACCACCAAAAAUCCCACCCAAAGAAGGAAAUAAGCCCUCAACCCUAAAAACUUCUGAGGUAACAGAUCCAGCACAAAUGUCAAAGCCUGCCCAGGGAUCCACUUCCAAACCACCUGUGCCACCACGACCCCAGCUGAAAGUUGCUUUGCCAUCUGCUGAUGCUCCUAAUCAGGCAGAACCAGAUGUGGUUGAAAAGCCAGAGAAGGUGCUGGCAGCUCCUCCUGCUACAGAUAAAUCCACUGAAAAGCAAGCAAAAACUGUGGACCACGGAGAAGAUGUCACUGUACCCAAGCCAUCGGUAGCAAAGCAAGAAGUGGCUAAAGAUUUUAUUUCAGAAACUUCCUGCCCUACUAAGGACAAUACAGACGAUCCUCAAACAUGGGAAUCUUCAGAAAUUCUUUACCGUAAUAAGCUAGGAAAAUGGACAAGAACCAGAGCGUCCUGUGUGUUUGACAUAGAAGCCUGCCACAAAUACUUAAACAUUGCACUGUGGUGUAGGGAUCCUUUCAAGUUGGGAGGUCUCAUCUGUUUGGGACACAUUAGUUUAAAACUUGAAGAGGUGGCUUUAGGAUGCCUAGCUACAUCAAACAUGGAAUAUCUUUCAAAGUUCAGACUGGAAGCCCCCUCCCCUAAGGCUGUCGUCACUAGAACUGCACUCCGCAAUCUGAGUGUGCAAAAAGGAUUCAAUGACAAGUUUUGCUUUGGCGACAUUACUGUUCACUUUAAGUAUCUGAAAGAAGGAGAACCAGACCACCAGAUUGUUCCUAACAUAGAAAAAGAAAAAGAACUGCAUUUGGUGGAAGAAGGUUCUGCCCUCCCUAAAGAAGAGCACCUUGCUGGGCAGCUGAGUUUUGCAGAAAAUAAACACAGUUUUCAGGAUACUCAAUUCCAGAAUCCAACUUGGUGUGAUUACUGUAAGAAGAAAGUCUGGACUAAAGCUGCUUCCCAGUGCAUGUUCUGUGCUUACGUUUGCCAUAAAAAAUGUCAAGAAAAGUGUCUGGCUGAGACACCUCUUUGUGGAGCGACUGACAGGCGAAUAGACCGGACCCUGAAAAACCUCAGGCUUGAUGGACAGGACCCUCUUGUAAGCCUGCCUCGUGCUGACGCAGAGGCCAGCAAGUCAGUCAACAGAACAACUGGUCUAACCAGGCACAUCAUCAACACUAGCUCACGUUUGUUAAAUUUGCGUCAAGUCUCUAAAACCCGCCUUUCUGAACCAGGGACUGAUCUUGCAGAACCUUCACCAAAACAUACACCCAACACAUCAGACAACGAAGGCAGUGACACAGAGGUCUGUGGUCCAAACAGUCCUUCUAAGCGGGGAAACAGUGCGGGAAUUAAGUUGGUGAGAAAGGAAGGUGGGCUGGAUGACAGUGUUUUCAUUGCCGUCAAGGAAAUUGGCCGGGAUCUGUACAGGGGCUUGCCUACCGAGGAGAGGGUCCAGAAACUAGAGUUCAUGUUGGACAAGCUGCAGAAUGAAAUUGAUCAGGAGUUAGAACAUAAUAAUUCCCUUGUUAGAGAAGAAAAAGAUACAACUGAUACAAGGAAAAAAUCUCUUCUUUCUGCUGCUUUGGCUAAAUCAGGUGAAAGACUCCAAGCUCUGACACUUCUUAUGAUCCACUACAGAGCAGGCAUCGAAGAUAUCGAAACUUUGGAAAGCCUGUCCUUAGACCAGCACUCCAAAAAAGUAAGCAAGUUCACAGAUGAUGCAGAAGAAGAUCUGAAUAAUGAAAUAAGCCAACUAAUAGACACACAGCCAUUCAGCAGCAUAGCAGAUGACUUAUUUAGCCCCUCUGAGUCUGUGUAACACACAGGCUGCUUCAGGUUUUCCGUGACAGUGGGGGAAAAAUUGCAUCUCAAGUACCACAGCUACAACUAUGUUAAAAUCCUCUAAGGACGCACUUUGGCCUGCUUCUCCACAGUUACUUGCUUGUGUAAGAACAAGAAUGAAAAAGGUUGUUUUCUGGCAAAAACAUGACCAGCUCACUAAAUUGGUUGCUUCAGGUUGCAUUUAUAGCUAUGCUUUUUUGGGUUUAUACUGGGAAUUCAUUUUUACUAAUUUAUUUUUAACUUUUUCUAAUUAUGUAAUUAUGUAAGCUAACUUUUCAUGUUUAUGUAUGUGUGAUGUGUCAGUGUAUUCUCCUUCCUCUUAGCUUUUGAGUUAGUUUGAAGAAGGAUACUGUCCAGCGUCUCAAUGUUUUCAUUGCCAUCAUGAUUAUAUAACAGCUUUGCUGCAUGCCCAGAUUGACAGCAGUCACUGAGGGAACAAGUUUUGAAUAUAUAUUUUGUUAUAAAGUUUAUCAUCUCAAUAUACUUGAGAUAUUUUUGUUAUUUUGGGGUUCUCAGGGGUGUUUUGUUUUUGCCAAAUGUAACAUGAAAGCAGAUGCUGCAGCUUUAGUCUGUUAUGCAGGUUUGAUUUUUUAAAUUACAUAUAUUGCUUGCUUUCUAUGCUUUUGUGAAAAUUUUUUCCCAAAAUUUUUGUGCAGCUGAAGAUAAAACAGUGAUUACUUUGAAGAGCUUGCACUGAAAAGUACUGUGUAAUAGGGAAUUACAAUAUGCAGUUGGUCAAGGAUUUUGUGGGAGGAUGACAAAAAUUUACUGAAAAACAGUAACCAAUAGGAUUUUGAAAUAUCUUUCAAAAUGUUGAUGCUUUCCUUUUAACUGGAAGUUUUAAAUAUUCAUGAUGAUUUUUUUCAUCUUUAGUUCUCUCAUAGGAAAUAAAGCAUGUGCAAGGAUAUUUAAGUUUCAGAGGACUGUUCUUAAAAUUACUUUUUACUUUUGGCUGGUUUGGUUUUUAAAACCUGCAGGAAUAUGUUGUGAAAAAGAAUCAUGCAAAAUUGCCUCAUCUGACAUAGGCAUAAAGGAAUGUGAUCAUUCUGAGUACUUGUAUAGUUCAGACUCUUUGUUAAAGACAGAUAAGUGAAAAAUGGACAAUAUAUACACACAGUCAUUGGAACGAGUUCUUUGAAAUGAGGAUGUACUCUGACUCCCUCUUAGGGAUUCCAGUAAUGAAUGAGUGAGGAAAAUAUGUAAUUGACUCAGUUGAUGUGUUUUUCCCUUUUGUAGGUAACUGCUAUGUUAACCAAGAUACAGUGAAACUAACAUGAAAUUAAAUUAGAUGGAACAGCUUUUAUAAUUGGCUGGAAAAUUCAUAUAAUGCUAUUGAGGAUUGUGGCUUGGGUUUUUAGUCCAGUACUCCAAGAGUUUACGUUCAGGCUCUUCCAUUAGUGAACUGUUUAACUGUAGGUAAGUCCCAAAGGGCUCCAUAUUGCAGGUUCUUCCAUCUCUAAGAUGGGAAUGACACUUUAACUACCUCACAUGAUUGUUGUGAGGGAAACAGUGUUACGAAUGGUCCAAAACUGUACACAUGAAAGGUCUUAUUUGUAUGAAUGAGAACAUUCUUGAGGGUUGAGUUACUCCACAUUUAAAGUCAAGAGUUAAUUGUCACACCUGUUGUCUGAUUUAGUGAAAUAUUAGAACACUGAAUAUUUUCCUUGGCUAAGUUUAUAGCAAACAGAGAUCUCUGUGUGCCCCCUUUUCUGGUGUUUAUUUAAGCAUGCCUGCAUUUUAAGAGAACAUUACCAUGGCAGACUUAAUAUACCAAAUUCUCUCAACUCUAAAAUGUUCCAAUAACAUGCUUGAAACAAUUUGCCCAACAUAUACCCACAUUUCAUCUUGUAAACAACAACUUAAUCAUUGAUAACAUGGAAGGCAGAGUAUCUGUAAGUGGGUGGUAUUUGUGGAUUAAAUCAUGGAAAAGUAAUGAUACCUAAACAUGCUGCUGAAAUUGAUGCAUUUGAAAGAGGUGUAGAAGUAACAUAAAGCUUGGUUUCACAUAACAGUCU